AUGAGUUUGAAUGUAACUAUUCAAUGUUUAUAUGACUGUUUAAUUGAUCUAUUGUACUAUUUCUUCAAUCUCAGAUUCAACAUUUCUCCUUUUAAUCCCCUUAGUACUAUUUUGGGUCAAAACAAACUAGAGGGUUCUAACUAUGUUGACUGGAGGAGAAAUCUUGACAUCGUGUUAACUGCUGAAGAGUUUAAGUUUGUACUCCAUGAGGAAUUCCCAUUGAAACCAGAUGAACAGUCUAGUGAUGAGGAUAAGCUUGCUUAUCAGAAAUGGUGCAAAGCUGAUGAGAUGGCGCGAUGUUACAUUUUGGCUUCAAUGUCAAAUGUGUUGCAACAUCAACAUCAAGCUAUGUUAUCUGCUUUUGAAAUUCUGGAGAAUCUCAAACAAAUGUUUGGAGACCAGGGUCGAUCAGCUAAGCAGACUGCCAUGAGAACUCUCAUGAACACUAAGAUGGUUGAAGGCACUCCUGUAAGAGACCAUGUUCUGAAGAUGAUAGGUCUUCUGAAUGAACUAGAGGUCUUGGGGGCUGAAAUUGACAAUGACUCCCAAGUUGAGAUGAUAUUGCAGUCUCUGCCUGACAGUUUUCAACAGUUUUGCCUAAAUUAUAAUAUGAAUAAGAUGAGUCUAUCUUUGGCACAAUUGUUGAAUGAGCUGCAGGCGGCAGAGACACUUGUCAAAAAGGCACCUUCCAUGGCACUAAAUGUUGAGAAAGGUUCUACUUCUAAACCGCAAGGUGGACAGAAGAAGAAAAAGGCUCACAAAGCUAAGGCAAUUGCACCUCCAACAGGGGGCAUGAAAAAGUCUAAGGGCAAGUGUUUUCAUUGCAAGAUGUCAGGCCAUUGGAAGGCACAUUGUCCAAUUUUCUUAGCCAAGAAGAAAAACAAUCCAGGGGUUUCAAGAAACGCGCAAGCUGAUUAGAGGUGAAGUUAGCGUUUUUCAAGAGGAUGGUUCAGCA